AUGGGGCGUGAUCGAAGCCGCAGUCGAGACAGAAAACGACGAUCUCGUUCACGUUCCGUCGAGAAGCGUCGAGAGCGAAGCAAAUCUCGAGACAGAGAACGACGUGACAUUCGAAAACCUCGAGACGAUAAAGAGAGAAGAAGUCGAAGCAGAAGUCCACGUGACAAGCGAGAUCGACGUGACAGAAGUCGUUCACGAGAACGGAAGGAACGAGAUCGCGAACGGCAGAGAAAGGAUAAGGAGCCAAAAAAGAGAGAAAAACAAGAAGAAAUCAGUCUAGAAUCGCUGCAAAGCGUCGAUGACGAAUCCAUGAUGGCUGCAAUGGGAUUCGGAGGUUUCAAUACUACUAAAAAUAAACAGGUCAACGAUAACGUGGAUGGUUGCGUCAAUAUCAAAAAACCGCGCCGAUACCGUCAAUACAUGAACAGAAAGGGUGGAUUCAAUCGUCCGCUUGAUUUUAUGGGAUAA